CAGUCGAAAACGUUACUAGAGAAGAAUUACGAAUAGCAUGCGCGGCGCGGCGCGCACAGAUCCGGCGUACGGAUAAAUAAUUAUCAAGUUGUUAUCGUGGUGGGAUUCUCGACGCCGGUCAAAGUGUUCGGAGUUUGGACUUGUUGAAAAUAUUCGUUAAGUGAACGCUUCUCAGUUUUGCUUCCGCCUGAUGAUGGAAACACAGACGAAGGCAAUCGCAGAACUUCGUGAGAAAUUUCACAAGAAAUUAAACGACGAAGGUCCGCCUGAUCCUAUGUUUUUUGCAGAAGGUUUUCAUUCUGCAGAUAUAGCCAGAAUAAACAGCAACGAUGAUUGGCUAAAGAGAUUCUUAGAACACCAUGAAUUUAACAUGCAAGAGGCAUUCAAUAUGCUGUGGGAAACUUGUACUUGGAGGAGAAAAAUUGGAGCAAAUGAUAUCAAUGAAGAUAAUGUAAAAAGAGAAUAUUUAGAAGAUGGGUCCUGCUUUAGCUUUGGUAAAGAUAAAGAUGGAAAGAAACUUUUUAUUAUCAAAUCAAAGUUGCACUUUAAAGGAGUAAAAGAUUUUACAGAGAUUCAGAGAUGCAUAGUUUACUGGUUUGAGAGACUAGAAAGAGAAACUAAUGGAAAUCAGAUAUCGAUCUUUUUCGAUAUGGCAGAAGCUGGACUCUCUAAUUUAGAUAUGGAGUUUACUAAGUACCUCAUUGGUUUAUUCAAGUCUUAUUAUCCGAACUUCCUAAACUACAUCAUAAUCUUUGAUAUGCCAUGGGUGUUAAAUGCAGCUUUCAAAAUCAUAAAAUCAUGGUUACCUGCUAAAGCAAUUCCAAAAAUUAAGUUUGUUAACAAAUCCACAUUAAAAGAGUUUGUCGAUUCUAAUGAUGCUCUUAAAUGUUGGGGUGGUAAUAACGAUUACACCUUCGUAUUUGUCCCAGAAGUACAAACCAAUGAAGAUGCAUUGAAUGGUAAAUUGGAUAAUAAGAAGGUACAUUUCGCAGAAGGUUCACCACUAACAGAACAAAGCCCAUGUAAUUUUGGAGAAACUGAUGAAGAACAAUUAUUAUCUGUAGAACCCGAUGCAAUUAUAUUUAAUAAAGAUGGAAAAGAAAUCAUUGGAGUAAUUAUACUUAAAAAUAUAACAACUGACAAGAUUUUAUCAUAUAAGAUAAAGACAACAUCUCCUGAGAAAUUCAGAGUACGACCAAGUUCAGGACUUCUGCAACCAUCUGAACAGAAAAGUAUUACAGUUGUAUUGCAACCUGGCUAUGAUGUACGUGGUCUGUUGCACAAUGAUCGAUUUCUAGUCAUGUGCCUUCCUGUAAAGAAUGCAGAUAUUACAGCGCAAGAUUUGCACACACUUUGGAAGUCUGUAAAAUCUACAGAACAACAUAAACUAAAAUGUUGCGAUGGUACUGAAAAUAAUGAAACACAAAAAUCUCAAUCAAUAUUAACCUCUAAUGGAGCGGGAAAUGAUCGACAUAUUGAUGCAUUUUUUUCUAAGAUGGAUCAUUUAGAAAAUAUUUACCACAAGCUACACAAUAAGAUCCAGACAUUGAAGUAUAUGUUUCUUAUUUGUAUGCUAACAAUAAUUUUAAUUGCACUGGUAACACUUUACACUUUAAAAAAUGAUAUCAAAGAAUCAAUAGAUCGUCUGCACGAUGAUAUUAAAGAGACGAUGUACCAACAAGAGUGCCAUAUGGGUCGCGGUAUAUAAAAUAUAUAUUUGUAACAUCAAUGUUGAUGUAUAAGAAAAAUUUUAAAACUACUUUUUCAUGGGAAUUUUAUAUUUUUUACAUAGUUGCUACGAUCAAGUAUUUCUUUUCUUUGUAAUAAUCUGUAAAUGUGUACUAGUUAGUUUUAUAUUUUGUUUCAUAAUGGUUCAGAUAUAUGCACACGUUAUCCUAAUAAGUUACCAUAGUGUUCUAUAAACAUAUAAAGAGGCGCAUU